UCUCUCUCUCUCUUUCUAUACUGCCGCAACCUACUACACUUAAACAAUUUUCUCUCUCUUUCAAGUUAUUAAUUAAAUUUCAACCCCUCCACUCCAUUCCAUUCUACAUUCCACAAUCUCUCUCUCUCUUUCUAACUUCAACGCACGCUUCUUCUUCAUGCACCCUUGUAGCAGAGAAAUGCAAUCCCUUAACUCCCUCUUAAACUCUCCUCCUUCUCAAAUUCCAAUUCCUCUUCAAAAUCAUUCUCAGAUCCAAAUUAACCACGACACAUUCCAUCAAUCUCACAAUUCUCACGAUGAUUUUCUCAAGCAAAUCCUCUCCACCCUUCCUUCAUCCUCUUCUUGGAAUAAUCUUGACCCUACCAACUCCAACCCUAAACCUUUAUGGGACUCCAAUUCCGAUGAAACCCCUCUUUCCGACAAUGUCCAUUUCCCUAAUUACGACGAACACACCAACCUCGCCUCUAAAUUUCGUAACCACCAGAUCAACGACAAAGCCGCCGCUCUCAUGCUUCUCAGAGGUGCCGAUUCCGGACUCCUCCAGAUGCCGUUGAACCCCGCUGACUUUGACUCCUCUCAAAACGACGUCGUUGACGCUUCUUCUGUUCAAGCUCUCUAUAAUGGUUUCUCUGGAUCUCUCCACGGUAUCGCCCAAAACAACACAAAUCAUCAUUUUCAAGGACAGGGUUUUGGAGGUUCAGUGAGUGCAACCAACCAGGCUCCGGCGAGUGGAACGCCGGGACAGCCGAGGCAGAAGAUUAGAGCUAGGAGAGGCCAAGCCACUGACCCGCACAGCAUCGCCGAAAGGUUACGGAGGGAAAGAAUCGCUGAGAGGAUGAAAGCCUUACAGGAACUUGUUCCUAAUGCUAACAAGACAGACAAGGCCUCCAUGCUAGAUGAGAUCAUCGAUUAUGUGAAGUUCCUCCAGGUCCAAGUCAAGGUUUUGAGUAUGAGCAGAUUAGGCGGAGCAGGGGCUGUAGCUCCCCUUGUUGCUGAUAUGUCCUCCGAGGUUGUCAGUGACUGCGUCCAAGCCAACGGCAACCCCCGGAACUCUACCGGCAACCCAAAAACGGCGAACGAGAGCCUGACAAUGACGGAGCAGCAGGUGGCUAAGCUGAUGGAGGAAGACAUGGGAUCCGCUAUGCAAUACUUGCAAGGCAAAGGUCUUUGCCUCAUGCCAAUUUCCCUAGCUACAGCUAUCUCCACUGCCACGUGUCACAACAGGAACCCCUUGAUGAUCAACGCCGCCAAUAACGGUAACUCCAACCCUGUUAUUGCAUCCAACGGUGAUGGGCCUUCUUCUCCCGCAAUGUCCGUAAACAGCAUCGUCAAAGAUGCCGCGUCCGCUUCUAAGUCGUAGACGCCGUUGAUUUGGUUGACUUUUGAUAUCGUCAGAGAAAAAAAAAGGUGGAAUGAGAAUAUAAAAUGACGUGGUAUUUCUCAAGUUUAGGAAAAUAAUGCGUCACUAAAACGUCGUUAACUUAUAUACGACGUGUAUUUGUAUUUACUGGACCCGAUCCUCUCCGGUUGCAUUAGGAUGUUACAGCUGUAGGAACCGUAAAAUUAAGAAAUAUAAAAACGUUCUUUCUAAAUUUAACAGUUGCUACAGCUACAGCACCAACAGUAAUGGAUCCAAAGAUGCCAACUUCAUGUUAAUUUCAAUAUAUUGAUCACAGCCUUAUUAAAUUUCCACCUUUUUUGUUGUAA